AUCUGGAGGAGAGCUGGCCGGCUGGGGUGGUGGUGGAGGACGGGGAGAGCGAAGCAGAAGGAGAAUCCGGGAGUCAGCGAAAACAAAAAAGGGCGAAGCGGGGGAUCCUAAAGAAGGAGGAUCAUCAUUUUUUUCCUUUUUUGUUCUUUUAUUUUUGUUUUGAUCUUUUUUUGACUUCUGCAUUGUGUUCAACAGUCACAAUGCCAUCCAACUCAGUCACCACCUCCACCACAUUCAAGAGCUCUGACUUCAACUGUGACAUGAAUGGGAGUCAAAUGAAUGAGAGCUCUAGAAUGGACACAGUGAUUAUUGAUGAAAUGCCUUCGCUCUGCACUCCUGUCCGUAAGGUUGGACGGCCUGGCCGCAAACGCAAGCACCUCCCUCACAAAGGGGUGGAGCUCCAGUCAUCUUUGCAGUCUCAGAAUGGAGAUGUUGAGAAGCACGAGAACAAGUCCUGUGAAGGUUGCCACACAACGCAGGAUAAGAAUGCUGCAGAAAACGGGCUCCCUCACCAGUCAGCCUGUCGGGCCAUUUCAGCCUCUGAUUCGAGCAUGAUCCCAUCCCUGGAGAACGGAUUUGUUGUCAGCCAGAUCAAGCCGAAAUCUGAAAAGUACGAAGAGGACACACUGCCAGCUCUGCCUCGCAAGAAACGAGGGAGACGAAAACUGGAGCGGCCAACAAAAUACGUGGAGCACAAGGAGGACGAGGUUGGGGACUCUACAAAGAACGAGGGAGCACGAGGGAGGCUCCGUGGGGGAGUGGGCUGGGAAAUCAGCCUCCGUCAAAGACCCAUGCCCAGAGUAACCUUCCAAGCCGGUGACCCUUAUUAUAUUAACAAGAGGACCAGGGAGGAGUUGCUGGCCAAGUGGAAGUUGGAGGCAGAGAAGAAGGCAAAACUGAUGUCUGUGAUGAACUCAAUGGAGGAACUUGGCGAGUUAGAGUCAGAGCCCAAGAAAGAGAGCUCCAUAGUCACCGUCCCAAUGCUGUUUCCUCCACCAGCACCGCCUACUCAGAUGAGCCUCAAACCCCAGCAGCAACCUCCACCAUUUCAACAGCAACAGCAGCAGCCUACCGAUCCAGCCUCUCCAACUGUUGCUACCACACCAGAGCCUGUGUCUAUAGAAGAUGGAAACAAGACCUCACCCAAGUCCGCUGAGUCAGAGUAUGAGGAUGGCAGAGGUUUCGGCAUUGGAGAGUUUGUUUGGGGGAAGUUAAGAGGAUUCUCCUGGUGGCCAGGUCGCAUUGUGUCCUGGGUGAUGACUGGACGCAGCCGAGCGGCAGAAGGUACCAGAUGGGUCAUGUGGUUUGGUGACGGCAAGUUUUCUGUGGUCUGUGUUGAGAAACUGUUGCCUUUGAGUUCUUUCCACAAUGCCUUUCACCAGCCAACCUACAAUAAACAACCAAUGUACAAGAAAGCCAUCUUUGAGGUGCUACAGGUCGCCAGCACAAGAGCAAGCAAAACCUUUCUCACAUGCCCUGAGAGUGACGACACUGACACUUCCAAGUCGGUAGACAUGCAAAACAAACAGAUGAUUGAAUGGGCCAUGACAGGAUUUCAGCCAACGGGACCUAAAGGUCUGGAGCCAACUGAAGAGGAGCGUAACCCAUACAAGGAAGUAUACCCAGAGAUGUGGGUGGAGCCAGAAGCGGCGGCCUACAUGCCCCCACAAGCAAAAAGGCCCCGCAAGAGCACAGCCACAGAGAAACCCAAGGUCAAAGACAUCAUCGACGAAAGGACUCGAGAGAGACUUGUAUACGAAGUUCGUCAAAAAUGUAGAAACAUUGAAGACCUCUGCAUCUCCUGUGGCAGCCUUAAUGUUUCCCUGGAGCACCCACUUUUCAUUGGAGGAAUGUGCCAAAGCUGUAAGAACUGCUUCCUAGAAUGUGCAUAUCAAUAUGACGAUGAUGGCUACCAGUCCUAUUGUACUAUCUGCUGUGGGGGGAGAGAAGUGCUCAUGUGUGGAAACAAUAACUGUUGCAGGUGUUUCUGUGUGGAAUGUGUGGAUCUUUUGGUGGGGCCCGGCGCAGCACAGACAGCUAUUAAAGAGGACCCGUGGAACUGCUAUAUGUGUGGACAGAAAGCACAAUGUGGUCUGCUGGAACGCCGGGCAGACUGGCCUUGUAGGCUGCAACACUUCUUCGCCAACAAUCAUGAUCAGGACUUUGAACCACCAAAGCUCUACCCUCCGGUUUUGGCAGAGAACAGAAAACCCAUUCGUGUGCUGUCACUUUUUGAUGGGAUCGCAACAGGGCUGUUGGUUCUAAAAGAGCUGGGGAUCCAGGUGGAGCGCUAUGUGGCCUCAGAAGUGUGCGAAGUCUCUAUUACCGUGGGUAUUGUUCGGCACCAGGGACGCAUCAUGUACGUGGGUGAUGUGAGGAACGUCACCCGCAAACACAUCCAGGAAUGGGGUCCAUUUGAUCUUGUCAUAGGUGGAAGUCCGUGCAACGACCUCUCCAUCGUGAAUCCUGCAAGGAAAGGUCUCUAUGAGGGCACGGGGCGGCUCUUCUUUGAGUUUUACCGGCUUUUACAUGAGGCUCGACCUAAAGAGGGAGACAAAAGGCCUUUCUUCUGGCUCUUUGAGAACGUGGUGGCCAUGGGCGUCAGCGACAAGAGAGACAUCUCUCGCUUUUUAGAGUGCAACCCGGUCAUGAUUGAUGCUAAGGAGGUGUCUGCUGCCCAUAGAGCUCGCUACUUUUGGGGUAACCUGCCUGGCAUGAACAGACCGUUAUCUGCCAUGUGCACUGAUAAACUGGACCUUCAAGACUGUCUGGAACAUGGCAGGACAGCUAAGUUUGACAAAGUGAGGACUAUUACCACUCGGUCAAAUUCAAUAAAGCAAGGCAAAGACCAGCACUUCCCUGUCUUCAUGAAUGAAAAAGAAGACAUCCUGUGGUGCACUGAGAUGGAGAGGGUGUUUGGUUUCCCUGUCCACUACACAGACGUUUCUAACAUGAGCCGUCUGGCCAGGCAGAGGCUGCUGGGACGGUCGUGGAGCGUCCCGGUCAUCCGUCACUUGUUUGCACCACUCAAAGAGUACUUUGCCUGUGUCUGAACUCAAAACACAGUACAGAUGAGAAAAAUCAAAACCGAUGUAAUACCAAGAGCCUUGAAAUUAUGCUCUUGUAUGUUAUUAGCAAGUUAAACAUCAGAAAUGUAUUUCAUGUUUGUUUUCCUCUGGUUUAGAAUGAUUGACUCGUUUAAAUUCUAUUUAAAUUUGUUAUUAUUCAUUUUACUUUUUUAGCAGUGUUAUCCAGUAUUUGAAUUGAUUUAUGUGUGCAAGCUAUACUUGAGACAUGGACUCCUUUUAAGGCACUGAGAGAUGAUAUGACAAUAAUCAGAGGCGUAAAUGAGGAAAUUUGAUCAGACGGAAUAUACCAUGGCCAUAAGUAUGAGGACUACCCUUUCUAAUUAUCAGUUUGGUCUGGGCCCCUUAAAGGGAUAGUUCACCCAAAAAUGAAAAUUCUCUCAUCAUUUACUCACUUUCAUGCCAUUCCAGAUGUGAAUGACUUUCUUCUGCAGAACACAAAUGAAGAUUUAUAGAAGAAUAUCUCUGCCAUGUAGGUACAUACAAUGCAAGUGUGUGGUGACCAGAAUUCAAUCCUUUUUUUUUUUUCUUUUUUUUUUUACAAUAAAUCUGUACUUUCACUUUCAGAAUGUGAAAGUGAAAGUGGAGAUUUAUAGCACAAACAAAAAUAAAGGACUAACAUUAAUCUGUUUCUCAACCAAAAAUAUUUGAAUCACUUCAGAGGACAUGGAUUUAACCACUGGAGUGGUAUGGAUUACUUUUAUACUGCCGUUAUACGAUUUUUGGAACAUGAAAGAUAUGGUCACCAUUCACAUGCAUUGUAUGAACCUACAGAGCUGAAAUAUUCCUCUAAAAAUCUUUGUUUGUGUACUGCAGACAAAAGUCAUACACAUCUGUGAUGGCAUGAGGAUGAGUAAAUGAUGAGUUCCCUUAAAAGUCUAGUUUACCCAAACAUUAAACUAUUGCCAAUAACAGUUAGUCACUUACAAUGGAAGUUAAUUGGGCCAGAUGAUAAACGUUAAAAUUCACACUGUCAAACGUGCACAAGACAUGAACAUGAUAUGUGUUAACAUGAUUUUAGUGUGAUAAAAUCACUUACUAAUGAUUUUCGUGUAAAGUUAUAUAAAAAAAAUAACUUAAUUGUCAGGACGACAUAAUGCCACAAAAUCUAGUAAACAGCGUAAUGCUAAUAAAUCCCUGAAUGUAUCACACUAAAAUCAUGUUAACAUAUAUAAUCUUUAUGUAUGAAUUUGAAUUUGAAUUUGAAUUUUGUAAUCAACUUGUACAACUUGGAACAUUCCUUCAAUCCCAGUGGUUUUUAAGUAAAUGCUGAACAAGCACAUAUGGGUGUGGUGUUUAGGUGUCCACAUACUGUAGGCCAUUUAGUGGAUCAGAAAAAAUAGCCAAAGCUUUUAAGUCAGCCCAAACAUUUCCACUUGCUGAGUUUUUGAUUAUCAGGCAGCAGUGGAGUGCCGAUCAGUCUAAUUCUCAUGGUGCCCGCCUUUCCUCUCCUUCAACAUCUGAGCCUUGGUGGGAGUGAAAAAAGUGUGUCUAUCUAUUCAGUGUCAGGGGAGCUCUGUCUUAAUCAAUCCAAAACACCAGAUCACAAAUACCUCUUUGUUUACAGUUUCUAUACACAACUGAAGGUAAUAAAAGGUACUACUGUAAUAGGUAACAAUAUGGUGCUUCAAGGUGGUGAAAAACAUUGCAACUCAUGUGGUGUUACUUCCCAAAACAAGAUGGGGGUCACGUUUUGUACAUUGCCGGGUAAAACGAAUGACGAUAAAACUUCGACAGGUCAAGCCAGGUCUGCCACAACUCAUUUUAUAUCAUUUUUUACAGCCUUUUUGUAAUAUAUCCUCUGGUGCUCUUUAAAAAAAGAAAAAGAAAAAAAAAAGACGCCUCAGCCUUUCAAUCUUUGAGGUCUGCUUCCUACGGUCUGCUUGCAAUCGGAGCGCAUGAGAACCAGCCACAUGGGCUGUGAUGUUUUUUGUCAUCUAUACCUUGAAAUCAAAGGCUGUGGGGAGCUAAUUUUUUUACUAGUGUCCCACAGACCAGAAUCAUUACUGUACAACUCGUAGUUUGUGUUGCGGCUGCAGGAAGGGUAGCGUCGGUCUUUUCUCGGCCAGGUGAAUCAACCUUCGACUGUGGUGCGCGCGCAGACUAUUUUCAGUCAGGUGCAAAACUUUAAAAGGUGCGGCUUCACAAUGUUCUUCUACCUUUUUAUAGCAAUUUUGUGCUGUGUUACCAACAAUAUCAAGCACUUUUGUAUAUGUAUACUUCUUUAUUUCUUUGAUAUUUUUUAAAAAUCUUUCCUCUUGAUUCUUGUGAAUUGUUUUUCGGGUUAUGUUAAAUGAUGUGAAACUCUUGCCGUUAUAUAAGGUAAUAUUUUGUUGUGUACAGUAGGGCUGUGCCAAUAGAUGUGAAAGAAUGAGCUAGGAUAGAAUAAGUCCAUCUGUCGUGCUAGUGGUGAAGGGGCUGAAUUCAAAUACCACCCCUCUCAUGUUCUCACGUGCUACAGAGUCGCUUUAUCAUAACUCGCGUCGAGAAAGUAGUGUCUGCUCACAGUUCUACCGGUAUAUAAUCCAAAAGUGAGUGUGUUUGUUAAAUAUCCCUGUAGGAAAUUAGUCGUUUUCACAGAUGGGGUGUCAUUAUGACACAAUCAUAAACUACGUCUGGUCCCUAGCGUAGAUCUGAGAACAUAAUUAUGGAUGUUGACCAUGUCAAUAAUUUAGUUGUAACAUGCAAGCUAUGUAAUAGAUGAGGCUACAUUUGUGAAUUUGGUUAGAAAUGGGCUCUAAUGAAAACCUUGUUAGCUUCUUUUUUUAUUAUUUAAGGCAUUGCACUGCUUACAUACCUUUAAACAUUUUUCAUGUUCAGCAAUGUUUCUUGUUAUUUUCCAAAUGCCCAGAUUUCUUUUUGUACAUUUUGUACAUAGAAAUUGUCUGUUGCUUUCUUUCUUUUUUUUUUUAAAUGACCUAUGAGAUGUACAAAUAUAAUUCUUUGCUAAUAUAUUAUCAUUGAAUCAAAACAGCACUCAAAUCGCAAAGAGGGGGUGCAAUUGACACAAUGGCAACAGGUAAAUUGACAUAAGCUAUAAAGCAGCAGGGUGUUAGAACUGUGUGUCUUUUGUAAUUCAUAUUUAUGUAUUAAAUGGGGGGGGAACUAAAGAAUGAGGUCGCUAAGUAAUUUUAAUAGUCCCAUCUUUACUGCACAGCCCUACAUACAAAAGUGUUUCAAUUAGCUUUUUAAUUCUUUUUUGAAUUAAGAGAGGGAUUGUAGGUGUUCCCUAAGGUGCUAAACAUUUUAUCUAAUUGAGAAAAAUAUAUUAUUUAGAAAAUAAAUGAUUUUUUUUUCUUUUAUUAUUGGAGAAACACUUAUUUUACUCACUCAUAUAAAGAUAUUAACAAAGGCAUUUUAACUUUGUACUUGAAAAAAUAAUAAAUGAUGAAAGAUUCUUAUAUUGUUUUAGAAUAGACAUUGCUGUAGUUGGUGCUUAUCUGUGGGAAAUCAUGUACUCAUAAUGGGAAAUGACAAAAAAAAAACAAUUAUAAUAACGUUUGCUGUUAACAUGAACUUGCUUAAUAUCCAGGCAGAAUUGCUUCUAAGUCCUACAUUCCAUGCCUUAUAUCCAACCCUCCAUUCUCUUGUUUUUUUGUUUCAUUUUGUCAUUUUAUUUUCUCUGUUUUGAUAAAUUCUGCUUUAUUUUGGUAUAUUAUAUUUUUGGCUGUAACAGCCAUUUGUUUGCUCUCCUAACAGGUUCUCUGUAUAUCUCAGUGACACUGUUAAUCUGUGUAAGCACUGUUGUGUCAUAUAAAUUUAUUUUCAGGCCUUCUCUCCUUCUGCAAUCAGCUCAUACAGCAAAUGUAGCAGUCAUUCACCACCUCUCCCUGUUUCUUUCGUUAUGUGCCCAGAACGAAGAAAAAAGGCUCCUUAUGUACUUGUGCUGGAGAACACUUGAAUAAAUGUAUUGUUUUUUUG